CGCGCUGCCGGUCUAUCUCGCCGCACGGCUCUUCCUAUUCGCCGGCACAGAGCGCGGAAUCGGAUGCUCUUCGGCCUGCUCGCCUUGACGCCGGCACCGACCGGCGGGCGAGCACCCGCCGCCCGCGCCUCGGCGUCGGCCGCAUCGCCCGGCGCGGCGACGGCGUCGGCGGAGCCGCACGCGGCGGCGGGCGGCAGCGCCCUCGAGCGCGAGGACGGCGCGGUGUGGGAGCUGAUCGAGGCGGAGGGCCGCCGGCAGCGCGAUGGCCUCGAGCUCAUCGCGAGCGAGAACUUUGCGUCUGCCGCCGUCCGCGAGGCGCUCGGGUCUGUGAUGACGAACAAGUACUCCGAGGGGCUGCCGGGCGCGCGGUACUAUGGCGGCAACGAGCACGUGGACGCGCUCGAGCGGCUCUGCCAGGCGCGCGCGCUCGAGCUCUUCGGGCUCGACCCCGACGAGUGGGGCGUCAACGUGCAGCCCUACUCCGGCUCGCCCGCAAACUUUGCCGCCUUCACGGCGCUGCUCGAGCCGCACGACCGAAUCAUGGGGCUUGACCUGCCGUCGGGGGGGCACUUGACGCACGGGUACUACAACGAGCGCCGGCGCGUCUCGGCAACCUCCAUCUACUUCGAGUCGCUCCCGUACGAGGUGUCGGCCGAGACUGGCCUGAUCGACUACGACGGCCUCGAAGAGCGCGCUCGGCUCUUCCGCCCAAAGCUGCUCAUCGCAGGGGCGUCGGCCUACCCUCGGGACUGGGACUACGCGCGGAUGAGGCGGAUCGCCGACUCGGUCGGCGCGCUGCUGAUGAACGACAUGGCGCACGCGCACAUCUCGGGCCUCGUCGCGGCGGAGCAAGCCGCCGACCCGUUCGAGCACUGCGACGUGGUCACGUCGACCACGCACAAGUCGCUACGCGGGCCGCGCGCCGGCGUCAUCUUUUACCGCAAGCGGUUCGAGAGCGCGGUCAACUUCGCCGUCUUCCCGUGCCUGCAGGGAGGGCCGCACAACCACCAGAUCGCGGCGCUGGCCGUCGCGUUGCGAGAGGCGCAGCAGCCAGCCUUCCGCGAGUACAUCCGGCGUGUCAAGGCGAACGCGAAGGCGCUCGCCGCCGCGCUCGUGGCGAGAGGCUACACCAUCGUCACGGGCGGUACCGACAACCACCUCGUGCUCUGGGACUUGCGGCCGCAGCGCCUGACCGGCUCGAAGCUCGAGAAGCUCGCCGAGGCGGUCGGCAUCACGCUCAACAAGAACGCGGUGCGCGGCGACGUCUCCGCCGCCACGCCCGGCGGGGUUCGCAUCGGCACGCCGGCGCUGACAACGCGCGGUUUCGGCGAGGCCGAUUUCGUGAGGGUGGCGGAGUACUUGCACGAGGCCGUCGAGCUGGCGCUUGCGCUGCAGCAGCGCUCCGGAACAAAGCUCAAGGACUUCGUCGCGGAGAUGGAGGCGGAGCCCGCCGUCGCCGACUUGCGAGAGCGGGUGCGCGCGUUCGCGACCGAGUUCCCGAUGCCCUGAGAGUCUCAGUGAGAGAGGAGAGUGGCCGUGUGGCCGUGACGCACGAGCGGCGUGCGCCGUGCGGGGAGACGCGAGACGUGCAGAGAAGUGGGCACUCUCUCCUUUCCAUGCCCUUCGCGUUUCCGCGCCGCCGUUGAUCAACGCCGUUGUGUUUCCCUGCUCAUGGUAGACGGCCGCAAGCGAGUCGCUGAU